UAGAAAUAAAGCUUUAGAAUUCUGCACUUUCAUCGCCGAUAAUUUCUAGUGUGGCGGGUGGGGAAGAAAUGAAGGGUCAUGAAUCAAAGAUGGCUAGAAUGGAAGAUAUAUUAAACCUACCAGUUCAAGAUCCUCCAUACACUGAAUUUUCUGCAGCUCAUAUAAAUUGGGUCAAAGUUGAAGGUGGUCGUCAAGGGGGUGAUGACAUUGCCCUAAUUCCGUUUUCCAGAGUCGAAGAUUUCGUGAAAGGCGAAUCCAGUAAUGCAGAUUGCCCAGCUAACUUCCGUGUAGAAUCGAGAAGGAAAAGACCCGAAGGAAGUCUGAACAAACCAAGAGUCGAUGGAUAUCUCGAGUAUACACUGUAUUGGUGCUCUUACGGUCCAGAAGACUACAGAGACAUCGAACCCCAAAUUGGAGAAAACACGAGCACCAAACCCUCUUCGGGCAAGGGAAGUAGGCCCGGAAGAAGGCACAUGAUGCGGGGGUGCAUUUGUCAUUUCACAGUCAAACGUUUGUACACUCGCCCGCAACUCGCUCUCAUCAUCUACAACCAGAGAAGCCAUGUGGAUAAGAGUGGGGCCCCAUGCCACGGCAUCCUCGACCAAGAAUCCGUGGGUACAAGAGCAAUGUACGCUCCUCGAAUAUCUGAGGAGCUUCGUCAGAAGGUGAUGUCACUGCUCCAUGUCGGAACAUCAUUGGACGCUAUUGUCCAGCACCACAUGGAGGAAGUGCAGAGGCACGGUGGGCCCCACAGCAGGGAUGAUUUUCUGACGCGUAAUGAUGUACGUAAUAUGGAGAGGCUGAUAAGGAACUCACCUCAUGAAUUGCAUUUGGAUGAUCGGUGCAGUGUGAAAAUGUGGGUGCAGAGGCAUCAUAAGCACGUUUUUUACUUUCAGGAGAGUUGUGGUUGUGAGGAUUUUGUGUUGGGUGUCCAGACGGAUUGGCAGCUGCAGCAGAUGCUUCGAUAUGGGCAUGGUGGAUUUAUAGCUUCUCAUCUGGUUUCGGGGUCUAAGAAAUUUAAGCAGUUGUGCUCGUUGCUCGCAUUUGACUCGUCACAAAAUGCAAUACCAGUUGCUUGGAUCAUUUCUUCCUCUUCCAUUGGUCAAAAUAUUCACAAAUGGAUACCGUCUCUUGUUGAAAGAAUACGAGGCAAGGACACAAGAUGGAGACCUAAUGCAGUUCUAGUGGAUGAUCCCUCUUUCGAGGCUUCAAUUCUUCGUGAGGCCUUCCAGUGUCGGGUUCUGUUAUGCCUGUGGCAUGUUCGUCGUGGUUGGCUCAAAGGUUUAUUGAAAUAUUGCAACAAUUUCGAUGUGCAAAGAGAGAUGUUUAAGCAGUUAGGAAGGAUUUUGUACUGCACGAGAAAUGGUUCGAGUGUUGCAGAUGCUGUUGAGGAGUUUGUGCAAAUAUUUGUCGACCAGUAUGCAUUUAUAGAAUACUUCAGAAGUAAAUGGUUGUCGAAAAUAGAAUUAUGGGUCAACUGCGUCAGAACUCUCCCGGUUGCACCUCAAGAAACUAUUGCUUCAAUCGAAUCCUACCACCUAAGACUGAAGUCCAAGGUUCUAUCACAAGAUUCCGAUCAAAGAGUUGACUUUUUGAUACACGCACUGACCUCCCAAUUCCACUCAUUCUAUUGGUUCGAGCAAUACACAGUCGAAACGGGAUAUUUCGAAAAUUUAAGAGACAGGUUCAGCAUUACCAACCCAUGGAAUCAAGCAACACACAUCCCCGACAUUGACGUCUUAUUGGACGAGGAAAACCUCCAGCUGGCAAAAGUCGUGUCUCAAGCAGAUAAUAACGUGGCCUACACAAUAUGGAACCCUGGUUCAGAAUUUGCUCUGUGUGAUUGUUCUUGGUCAAUGGUCGGCAACAUGUGCAAGCACGUAAUUAAGGUUGCUAUUUUCUGCAGAAGUCGUCAGAUAGCAAGGCCUUUGUUGUCUGCUCAAGUGUAUAGGCAGACAUUGGUUAAUUUACUCCAGAAUCUUCCGGAAGAUCCUCUUGUUCUUGAACAUGCGAUUUCGCACGUCACACGAUUAGAACAAGAUAUUAAAAGCUUGGAGGAUUUGUCGAAUAGUGGAUUACUGCAGCCAUUGUCUUCAAUUGAUCAGCAGAAUUAUAGGAUCCUUAAAUGAAUUUUGCCGAGUUUUUUUUCUCGUUGUGGAGGUAUGUAUAUUGUUUUUAUUUAGUUACUAUAACCUAUGGUAAGUUGUUUUCUUACUGCAAUAUCACUAUGAAGCUUGUUGAAAA